AGGAGGGAGCCGGGGGAGAGAGGCGCAGUCCCCUCCCGCCCCCCAGGCCGCCGCCCCCUCCCUGCCCUCGGCGGCUAGCUGCGCGCCGCGACCCGGGCCGAAGGGGCGAGGGGCGAGGGGCGGCCGGACGGUCGCGCCCCAUUCCCGCGGGCGGCGCGGAGCCGGCGACAGCGCGCGAGCCGAGCCGGACCGGGCGGCGGCGGCGGCGGCGGCGGCGGGACCGGGAUGGAAGGGAGCGCGGUGACUGUCCUUGAGCGCGGAGGGGCGAGCUCGCCGCCAGAGCGCCGGAGCAAGAGGAGGCGCAGGAGCGGAGGCGGCGGCGCCCGAGCAUCCGAGGGGGUCCGAGCCCCGGCAGCCGGCCAGCCCCGCGCCACAAAAGGAGCGCCCCCGCCGCCUGGCACACCACCUCCCUCCCCAAUGUCCUCGGCCAUCGAGAGGAAGAGCCUGGACCCGUCUGAGGAGCCAGUGGAUGAGGUGCUGCAGAUCCCCCCAUCCCUGCUGACAUGUGGAGGCUGCCAGCAGAACAUCGGGGACCGCUACUUCCUGAAGGCCAUCGACCAGUACUGGCAUGAGGACUGCCUCAGCUGUGACCUCUGCGGGUGCCGGCUGGGCGAGGUGGGCCGGCGCCUCUACUACAAGCUGGGCAGGAAGCUCUGCCGCAGAGACUAUCUCAGGCUCUUUGGCCAGGACGGCCUCUGUGCAUCCUGUGACAGGCGGAUCCGUGCCUACGAGAUGACGAUGCGGGUGAGGGACAAAGUGUAUCACCUGGAAUGUUUCAAAUGUGCCGCCUGUCAGAAGCAUUUCUGUGUGGGUGACAGAUACCUCCUCAUCAACUCCGAUAUAGUGUGUGAACAGGACAUCUAUGAGUGGACUAAGGUCAAUGGGAUGAUAUAGGCCAGAUGCCCCAGCAUCUCUGGAGAGGUGUUUCACUGAAGUCACUGUCUCCAUGGGGUCUUCACUCUUAGGCAUUUGGGGGAUUUGAGGGUGGGCUGAGACAUUUCUUAGGGGAUGAAAAACCCUAAUUGGACACCAAGAACCAAUACACAGCAUCCAAGUGACAUAAUGCAAGGGGGCAAAACUUAAAUGUGACAAAAUGACUGGCCUUGAGGGAGAACUUAUGGACAAUGGCCACAGCCUAUGGGUAGUAACUGACAUGAUUAGCGAGGGAGAGAGUGUUGGGGCUUCUGUGCUGUCAUGAUGGAACUUCCCAUCUACAGAUGGGGACUUGUUCUGCCCAGACUUGUUAUGUCUUUAACCCUUGAAAACUAGAGAUGUGCAAUUGAUUUCUUUUCUUCCUGGCUUUUAUGAGAACCCUGUUCCAACCACUGUCCUCCACACAAGGGAAGGACAGAGAGAAGAGUGGCCAUCCUUUUAUUCUUGGCCACCUUCCCAAGGCCUUAAGCUUUGGACCCAAGGGACACUGCAUGGAGACAACAUUUCAGUUGAGAAUGAAAACUGCAACUUUUAACCAAACAAUUCUUUAAAGCAAUGCUGAUGAACCACUGUUUUUAGACACCUUAGUUUUGAAGUGAGAAGUUCCACAGAUUGUUUCUAUACAAAUGUAAAUCUAAAAAAAAAAAAGUUGUUCACCUAUUUUAUUAUCUUAGAUUAUAUCAAAGUAUUUGUUGUGUGUAGUUUAAAAAAACUCCGAGGACAAUAAAAAUGACUGACUAAAAUA